AUGCGUUUUGGAAUUGAGAACAGUACCGACGUUGUGGACGGUCUCGGUCCCAAGAUCUUCCAUAAGUGGGGUGUUGUGAACGCACCUGAAGAGAUGGUUGGCAGCCAACCUGAGCGAUUGUCGUCCACUGAGCAGUAUCGUGGUAUCCUCAAGUUCGACACCAACGGUGUACUCCUAUGUGUGCAUUUGCCGCUCGAUUCUAAAUAA